UAUCUCUCUCCGUUAAGCUCAACAAACGCUGACCACUCCUUAUCCCAAACACUCAAACAUAACAUAUCACGUCCGCAUGCCAUUGUAAAACCAAGCAGCUUUUGUAAGAGUGGUAGCUACCAGUACCAAUCACCCGCUGCCUUCCAUUACCCACUCAACUGACCGCUUUUAAGGACAAACAACAAAAAAAAUGCUAUUCUCACACCCCACACUUUCCAGUGUCAUUUCUCUCAAUCUUAACUUUCUCUCUUCUUCUUCUUUGCGUCGUCAACGGUUAAGCAGCGACUGCCGUACCAGGUCCACCAAGUCUCCUUCCUUCUAAUGAUCAAAAUGUCGUUGGAUUCUCUCCCUCCUCCACCAGACAACGGUGUCGUCCUAGGUAUUGGAGGAGCUUCAGUGGAUUUCUUGGCAGCAGUGGCUGCUUAUCCUAAGCCUGAUGACAAGAUCAGAAGCACAAGCUUGAAGGUUCAAGGAGGUGGAAAUGCUGGGAAUGCUAUGACAUGUGCUGCCCGUUUGGGUUUAAGUCCUAGAAUUAUUUCUAAGAUUGCUGAUGACAGUCAAGGCCGAAGUGUUUUGGAGGAAUUUGAGUCUGAUGGUGUCGACACUUCUUUUCUUGUGGUCUCCAAGGGUGGUAAUUCGCCAUUUACUUAUGUUAUUGUUGACAGCCAAACGAAAACUCGCACUUGUAUUCAUACUCCAGGAGAACCUCCCAUGACACCAGAUGAUUUGUCCCAGUCUAGUUUGUUAUCUGCAUUGGAUGGAGCAAGUGUUGUCUAUUCUGAUGGAAGGUUGCCUGAAUCUGCUCUACUUGUUGCACAAGAGGCAACUCGCAGCAAUAUACCUAUUUUGAUUGAUGCAGAAAGGAAAAGGGAGGGCUUGGAUGAUCUUCUGAAAUUGGCUAGUUAUGCAGUAUGCUCAGCAAAAUUUCCACAGGCAUGGACAGAGGCACCUUCUGUUCCACAUGCACUUGUUUCUAUGCUUUUGAGGUUGCCAAACAUUAAAUUUGUGAUUGUGACCUUGGGUGAGGAUGGAUGCAUAAUGCUUGAGAGAAGCAUAAAUGAGUCUCCUGCAUCGGAGGAAAUAGACAUAGAUAAUUUAUUGGAGUUACUGAAGCAGAGAAAGGAUGAUUCAGUUGUCAUGCCGACAUGUUUCUCAUCGUCAUUGGCAAAGCUAAGAGCAAAUGGGAUAGGAACAGUGAAUGGGAGGUUGUUUGUAGGAACAGCUGAGAAGAUACCUCCAGCAGAACUUAUUGAUACAACUGGUGCUGGAGAUGCCUUUAUUGGAGCAGUCCUUUAUGCUAUCUGCGCCAGCAUGCCGCCAGAGAAAAUGUUGCCAUUUGCUGCUCAAGUGGCAGCUGCUAGCUGCAGAGCCUUGGGAGCUCGAACUGGCCUUCCACACCGCGCAGAUCCACGCUUGGCUCCUUUUUUACAUUAAGGAGUACUCUUAACUGCAUAAUAUCAGUACGACAUUUUCCACCAGACUCCUUUUCUUAGAUGAACCAGUUAAUUCAUUACAAGUGGUGUGCCAAAUUCCAAAUUUUCCAUCUUAAUGCUUCCAUGGUGAUGCAGUGUGGAAGAAUGAAAUGAAGCGAAAGUUAUUGAAAAUACAAGAAAAAUAAAAAGAAUAGUAUUGUGCCAUUGUAGGACGUCUCAUGCAGGGAAACUUCGGACACUAUUAUCUUUUUCUCCUGCACUAUACUGUAGCGUUAUAUUUUAUUAAUGUACUUUGUGUAAUUAUUAAUACAUGGUUUACCAAAUUAAUGAGCAGAUAAAUGGACAAAAAAAAUAUUGCAUAAAAA